GACGUUACCACUCCGCGAUGGGCCGCCUCCUGCUCCUCCUUUACUGCACGGUGUCAGUGAUCUCCAAAGGUGCCACGGGGGAUGCUCAGCCGGACGCCCUACCCUCGGUGCAGGGCACCUUGCCACACUUCAUCCAGGAGCCGGAAGACGCCUACAUCGUAAAGAGCAACCCCAUCAAGCUGCGGUGUCGAGCCGCGCCCGCCUUACAGAUCUUCUUCAAGUGCAACGGGGAAUGGGUGCACCAGAAUGAGCACUUUUCCCAGGAGUAUAAGGACCUCAACACUGGGCUGAAGGUGCGUGAGGUGAUGAUAAAUGUGUCCCGUCAGCAGGUGGAGGAUUUCCAUGGCCCGGAGGACUACUGGUGUCUCUGUGUGGCCUGGAGCCACCUGGGCACUUCCAAGAGUCGCAAGGCAACUGUCCGCAUCGCCUACCUGAGGAAAAACUUUGAGCAGGACCCCCAGGGGAAGGAGGUGCCAAUCAACGGGAUGAUCGUACUGCACUGUCGCCCUCCGGAGGGAGUGCCUGUGGCGGAGGUGGAAUGGCUGAAAAACGAAGAGCUGCUUAGUUCCCUGACCGACGACAACAUUGACACCCGCGCGGACCACAACCUCAUCAUCAACGAGGCGCGACUGUCCGACUCGGGCAACUACACCUGUCUGGCCAGCAACAUCGUGGCGAAGAGACGCAGCGCCACAGCCACUGUGAUCGUCUUUGUGAACGGCGGCUGGUCCCUGUGGACGGAGUGGUCGGCCUGCAAUGUGCCGUGUGGGCGGGGUGUCCAGAAGCGAUCUCGAACCUGUACCAACCCGGCGCCUCUCAACGGCGGCGCUUUCUGCGAGGGCAUGUCUGUGCAGAAGAUCACCUGCAACGCACUCUGCCCAAUUGAUGGAGGCUGGGACGAGUGGAGCGAAUGGACCGUGUGCAGCAGCCAGUGCGAGAAGCUGCGGAGCAGGGAAUGCAACUCCCCGGCACCCAGACAUCGAGGCAGGAUGUGUGAAGGGAACAGUGAGGCCACUGAGAACUGCACAGAUGGACUGUGUACCCAGAGUAUGGACAGCUCCAAUGACGUGGCUCUGUACUCGGGCCUGGGUGCCGGCAUCAUUGCCGUGGCGAUCCUCGUGGUGGCCGUCAUGCUGUACAGGAAGAACCACAGCGAGUACGGCGUGGACGUCAUCGACUCCUCCGCACUAACCGGCGGUUUCCAGUCCUUCAACUUCAAGACCACCAGACAAGGCAACCCUCUGCUGCUCAACUCCUCCAUGCAGCCAGACUUGACGGUGGGCCGGACGUACAGCACCCCCCUCUGCUUCCAGGACGGCACGGACAAAGAGCUUUUCGACCCCCUGCCGGACAUCAAGGUCAAAGUCCAGAGCUCCUUUAUGGUUUCGCUGGGUGUGGCCGAGCGGGCGGAGUUCCACUCAAAGGGCCCCGCCGAGACCUUCCCUCGGGACUUGAGCCGGGACUACAGUGCCGCCACCGCGGACAGACGCAAAAAGGGCCUGCUCACCCUCAACGGGCCCUUCAGCGCCGGCAACGAGCAGCCGAGGACCAACGGCGUGUUCGGCCACCCCGGGGGACGCCUGGUGGUGCCAAACGCCGGGGUCAGCCUGCUGGUGCCUCAUGGAGCCGUGGCUGAAAAUAUGUCCUGGGAGAUGCAUAUGGUGAUCAAUCAGGGAGAGGCAAGUGUCCAAACACUGGAAGGCUGUGAAAUCCUCCUGGGCCCCGAGGUGACAUACGGCCCUCCGGUCCUGGACCUCUUCACCCCGGUGGCCAUGACCAUCGCUCACUGCGCCGAGGUGGACACAGAGAACUGGAACAUACAGCUCAAGAGGAAAACCCAGGACAGCAAGUGGGAGGAAGUGAUGUCGGUGGAGGAGGAGUGCACUUCCUGUUACUGCCUGAUGGACUCGACGAGCUGCCACCUGCUUCUGGAGCAGCCGGGCUCGUACGCCCUGGUGGGCGAGCCCCUGACGCAGGCUGCCAUCAAGAGGCUGAAGCUGGCUGUGUUCGGGAGCAUGGAGGCCGGCUCCAUGAGCUACAGCCUGCGGGUGUACUGUGUGGACGACACGCCGCACGCCUUUCAGGGAGUGGUGGUUGCAGAGAAGACCAGAGGUGGUCAGCUCCUCGAGGAGCCGAAGAUGUUGCCUUUUCGAGCGAACACCUUUAGCCUCCAGGUGUCCAUCCAAGAUGUUCCCCAGUUCCUGUGGAGCAUCAAACCCUUUACCACAUGUCAGGAGUUCUCCUUCCCUCAAGUGUGGUGCAGCAACCAGCAGCCCCUGCACUGUGCCUUCUCUCUGGAGAGAUUCAGCCCCGCCACCGCCCAGCUCUCCUGCAAAAUCAGCGUGCGCCAGGUCAAAGGUCAAGAGCAGAUUCUGCAGGUCUACACGGCCGUGGCCGAGACUGAAAAAGAGUCCGUUCCAUUUUUUAUGCAGACAGACUGCACCAUCACGUCCCAGACGGGGCCCAAGGCCUUCAAAAUCCCCUCGUCCAUCCGCCAGAGGAUCUGCGCCACCUUCGACACUGCCAACGCCAAGGGCAAGGACUGGCAACUCUUAGCCCAGAAGCUCCACUUAGAUCGAAACCUGGGUUAUUUUUCAAAGCAGCGGAGUCCGUCGGCAGUCAUCCUGAGCCUGUGGGAGGCUCGCCACCAGGACACCGCUGACCUUGACUCCCUAGCCAGCGCCCUCGAGGAGAUUGGCAAGAUCCACUCCAAAAACUCCCCCAAGGACCAGGACGAGCCGGAGUCCGACUUCAAUCACGUACAAGCGGGUGGCGUCUGUGCAACGGGCACGCUAACAACAAAUCAGAUGACGGAGGACUCUGCUCCGGAAUAUACGGGCUGAGAGAAAAGAGAAAAACUGACAAACUGAGGCAUAUAUAUUAUCUGCGAAUGGCAACACAGCCGGUGAUGGACGACACACUGUGGCCGCACGCCGGAAGGUCAAGAGGUUGUGAAUAGACGGCGUGAGCAUUCAAUGUGUUGACCAAAUUCCAAACAGAUGGAGGUGAGGCAGUACCAGCUGUGGAUCUAUCCCCUCUCCUAUAAGAAUCUGACUAAGAAUGGACUGUAAAUCUUUUUCUGCCUUGCCACUCUAUUUUAAGUUAAUUUUUAAUGUAUUUGUUGUAAAAGCUGCCUCUUCUCAUAUCUUCAUUUCCCAGCUCAGAAGGUGAGCGGGGUAUUUCCCUACCUUAAAGUGCACAUUACAGUGUUUUCUUAAUUUGUGUUAGAAGAGAUGGGAGAAGCCCCCCCCCCCCCUCUCCAACCGCCUCCCGUCCUUUUCCAAACUGGUCCACACAGCAGCUGGACAUAUUUGCAUAGAAGUUCUCAUCUGCAAAUAAGGCAACAACAGUGGCGUCAUUUCAGGCCCACCUGAUCUAAUGUUUUUUUUUCAAACAUUCCUGUGUCAACAAAUGAAUGAGGACUUUAGAAGCUACUUUUCUGACGUCCAAUAUUAUAUUUUUAAAAAGGAAGCUGCAGAUUGCUUAAAUGUUGUGAUUGUUAACUUUCAAAGCCAAGUAUCUUGAAAUGCUCCCAUUUUCACCUCUUUAAAAAAGUCUUCAAAGAAAUCUAGUCUAUAGGGAGUUUAGCACUUCUGAUAGACAACCAGUGUAAAAAAACAACAACAAAAAUAGGAAAAAAAUACAAUAUGAGCCCCAGUCUAAUCCUGACCUAAUUUGUGUUAGGAUACAGAUAAAAACAUGGUUGUGGUGUGAUGUGGCAGAGUGAGAUUUCUAACCGUGGCAUUACAGUUCAUUACAGUUUCCUCCGCCUGUUUCCUCCCACUAACAGCCAUCACACAGAGCGUAUAUCAGACCCUGACACACCCGGCUGCCUCCACCACCAACUCCCCGCACCCCCCAACAAACAUGCAGAAGCGCACAUUUAUAUUUUUUCGGCCACAGAGGUCAUGUGCACACAGACUGGGAGUUUGCAUAUUGUCCAAUAAACAGUAAAAGGAAUACUGAUGGUUACAUAUCAUAAUAAAGAUGCAUCAUAGUGGAAGAAUGUUCUAAGCAUGUGAAGGUUGUGAAAUCUAAAAAGCAAAACACAUUUUGUUUUAACUUCUGAAGUAAUGGUAAAUUAAAGGCUGGCUGACAUGUAGACAUUCCCAGUUUAAUCAUCAUGAACAGGGGUCCCCAAACUAAAUCACAUCGUUGUUAACGUACGGGUACUUUGUUAGCAUCGCUACACCGUGCAGCGUGACAGCAGCAGAUGUAGCGGACUAACAUUCAAGCUAUCCCAAACGCUGUGGACAUCUGAACGCUGAUUGGCCGAGACUCGACACGUCCCAUCAAAGAUGUUCUAUUGCGAAGAGCACCACUUCACAUUUUCUCCGCGUCUCACUGCAAUCUCAAUGGCAGCGGGCCAGGUGAAAAAAAUAAUAAAUCGGAACGCGUCUCUGGUAUUGUUCAGGGGGCCGGUCCAAAUGGGGAGGCGGGCCGGAUGCGGCCCGCGGACCGUAGUUUGGGGACCACUGAUCAUGAAGGACGAUAUCAUAUUGUUAAACUAAAUUGGUUAUAGUUAAGAAAAACCUUAACAUUUUAAACUUUUGAAAAAGGUACAGUGUGUAGCAUCUGAAUAGCAAAUUACAAAUUUGUCUCAGAGGGCUUUACAAUCCGUACAAAUACUACAUCCCUGUCCCAGGGCCUCACAUCGGAUCAGGAAAAACUCCCGAAAAAAAACUUUCACAGGGAAAAAAGGGACUUAGCCUUCAGGAGAGCAACAAAGGGGGAUCCCUCUCACUGGAUUUACAGAAGAAAGAGACGUCAUGUGUACAGAAUAAACAGAGUUAAAGAGUUACAUAAACAUGUUCAAUGAAUAUGAUGGAAAUUAUGAAUAUUGAGUAGUAGGCAUGGACCAUGAUCCAGAUUUACAUAAUCCAUGAAACAGUAGGAGGUAGAGAGGGGGAGGGGCAUCAGCAGGGCCAUGGCAGUAGGCCGGCUCACCAGGCAGGAGGCAUCGCGAAAGAGGCCGGACCAAUGAGGUCAGCCUUUGAGGCAGAAGGCACAAAGAAGGAGGCAGGGCCGUUGGGAAGGAGGCCAGGUCCAGGCCAGGGGCUGGAUGCAGGAAGCAGGGGCAAGGAGUCAGGAGCCAGGACCUGCUUCAGACACAGCCAGGUCCAAUGGACCCUAUGAAAUGUGAAAUCACAAAGGUUCCGGGGAGGAAGCAGAGUUAGUAAGAGGCGUACAUUUGUCCAUAAGGAGAGAGUAGAAGAAAGAGGGGCUCAGUGUAUUCUAAAAUGUCACUCAGCACAUAUGGAACAAGGGACCAAACCACCGAUGUUGUGAUUUGAGUACAACCCGCUCUAUUAGUGAGCUAAUUUGGUAACAACCGAAUAAGUGGCUGGUGCACGGUUCUGCAGUCUCACAUCCCCACAGCUACUGUAGAAAGAUUGCAACAUGGCGCACUUCGCGAAGAGAACCCUUGCUUCAUUUGUAGAUGAAGAGCUAAUUCAAAGCUAACGUGAACACGAUGCUUAGUUCUAAUAAAUAAAAUCAGUUUGAAUUAUUAAAUUCCAUUUCUGCUAAUAGCUCUCCUGAAAUACUACACUCUACCCUUUUAAGCAAUUUUCAGAUGUUGUUAUUAUGCUCUUCUGAACUAGUCAAGCUCUAGCUAGCUAUUUGGAUACAUUCAUGCAACAUACAUAUAAAUCAAAUGUGGAUUUAAACUUUUUACAAGAAAUACAUUCAGAAACAAUAUCCAAUAUUUAUGCUACUGAUAUGUUUACAUAUUGUUUCUCAAAUCACAGUGGAUCUCUGCCAGAGGGAUGCAUGCUUGGUGAAAAAGGCCUCACAAAUUAUGAAAGAACACAUUCUCUCACUUUACCCCUGGAUGCAUCCAACCAUGCAUUUUGUUUUUGAGAUAUCUGCCCCGGAGAUGUCUGCCUCCAUCUUCGCUCACAGUUUUGAGAGAUUGCAUUGGAAAUAAUUAACAGCAAGAUAUCCAGAAACAAUGGGCCAGAUCCUCUAGAAAAUUCACAGGAGUUAACAGACUUGUACGUAGAAAACAGUUCCACCAUUUAAAUUACUGUAGGGCCUACUGUGAAGGCAGAUAUCUGUAAAGAAAACAAGUAGGCCUAUAUUUAUAGUUCAUACAGAUCUGGUUUCCUGAUAUGGUCGUCUAAAUAUAAAAAAUAAACAAAACUGACAAAUUGAUACUCAAGCAGAUGAAAGCUAGCCAGUAAAGCUUAUGACAGAAAGGUGUGGAGCUGUAGAGGCGGGUUCAACUCUAAAAAAGACCUGACUGACAGCAGGAGGGAAACGAUUGGCAUUUCUAAAUUUGAUAUAAACACUGAAAUUGAGAUUAGCGUCAUUAGCACACCAUAUGUUCCUCUGGGAUUCAGCCACACAAGAUCACACUAACUUUAGGGGGAAAGCUACAUUCAUGAAUUUACAUGUCCACAGUAAUAACAUGUUUGCCUGAGGUAAAACCACAGUGUAACAGAGACUCCAUUCGGCUGCUGCCUCUACUUGCUAUAGCCUAGCUAGCUAGACUAGCUGCAUCUCAAUUUGGAUACUUCUGUUAGUAGCCUACAUGUGCUGCACUGUGUACACAUGAUGUACUUGCGUAGUGCGUGAAUUUUGACAGGGUAGUGAAGUCUCAAAUCCAACAUGGCUGUUAUGAAUUACCGAAAUACUUUUUGAAAAUAUGACCCCUUCCUUUUUUCUUUUUAAUGGAAAAUUUGCAAUUGAAAGGAGCAGUAGCUACCGCCAACAUUUGACCGUGAUUGUUGCUCGCCAAAAUAUCUGCCAGCUUGUUUGCUUACUUGACUUGAAUUGUAUUAAAACUGAAUAAAAAUAAACGUGAUUUUACUUUUG